CGUCACCGCGCCGCGAGUCUCGUGUGUUUACGUGGAGAAACAUGGCGGCGACGGUGACAGCAGACCGGAGUAAAACACUGAAGAAGUCCCACAGAUUUACCGUUUGAGCCGAAGCGGACCACAUGUCAGCGCGCCGCGUUUAGCGCUUUUCUGACGCGCGUCUCUCCGUGUUUUAGCCGCAGGAACCGCGGAGACGAUGGAAGACGAGGAGCGACAGAAGAAACUACAGGCCGGCAAAGCCAAGCUGGCCGAGUAUCGUCAGAGGAAAGCUCAAUCCGAUGGCCAGAAGAAGCAGAAGAAGAAGAAGAAGCAGCCUGAAGCGGACGCAGAGGAGCAGAGAGGAGAUCAGACCACAGUGUUGUCUCUCUCUAAGACCCUGCGGAGCGGAGAAACGGUCACACACGAGCAGACCUACUCCAUCCAGCCCGAGAGUGAAGUGUCCACGACCGCUGAAGACUGCUCAUCUGAGGUAAAUGGUUUCCACGAGAGGACUUCCUCUGUGAUCGGGGAAGAAGAUCUGCAGGGGUUCGAAGCGCACAUGGAGGCUCAGAGCCACAGGCAGGACAUGGAGGACGAGCUGGCCGCUAAGAGCCUGGCCCUGGAGGAGCUGAGGAGUGAGCUGGAGGACAUCAGGUUUGGAGCUGAGGGAGUGCAGCAGCUGCAGGACUUUGAGGAAGCGCUGAAACAGAGGGAUGAAAUCAUCACGCAGCUCACCUCCAAUCUGCAGCAGGCUCGAACCGAGAAGGAGGAGGUGAUGAGGGAGUUUCUGGAGCUGACGGAGCAAAGCCAGAAGCUCCAGCUUCAGUUCCAACAGCUGCAGGCCGGUGAGAUAAUGCGUAGCUCCAACAUCAGCUCCACCGCCGCAGAUCUGCUCCAGGCCCGUCAGCAGAUCACACUGUACCAGCAGCAGCUGGACGAGAGGGACGCACAGGUCAGAGGUCACCAGGAGAAGACGCAGGAGCAGCUUCUAUUGAUCGCACAGCUUCAGGAGAGACUGAGUGAAGCAGAGAGGGUCCGCACACAAGCUGAAGAAUCGUUUGCUCAGAGUUUACGAGAAAAGGACUCGCUGAACACUGAACAUCAGCGUCUGAUAACACAGCUUCAGGAUCAGCUUCUGUCUUCCAAACAGCAAGUGGAGGAAAUCAACAUACAUCUGUCAGCGAAAACCCAAGAACUAGACGCCUGUGAAAAAGAGCUCUCCGCGUCCAGACAGAAAGAGCGCAUGUCGUCCGGAGAAAUCCUGCAGCUCAUGAAGAGCGUGGAGGAGCUCCAGCAGCGCUGCCAAUCAGAGAGACUCGAGGACGACUGGAGCCGCCGGAUGGAGACGAUGAGAGACGAACUGGAUGAGAUGUACGGUCAGCAGAUCGUGGAGAUGAAGCGGGAGCUUCGCACGCAACACACGACAGAGCUGGAGCGAAUCCAAGCGCAGCACUGCUCAGAAACUGAGAAGAUGGUCCAGCAGCAUCAGUCAGAGCUGGAGAGGUGUAAAGCUCAGCUGUUCCAGAGCGCCGGAGACGUCAACGUGCUAAACGUGAAGCUCGUCGAGCUCCAGCAGAAGCUGCAGGAGACGCAAGUGUUGCGAGAAAAGGCGGAGCAAGAGCUAGCGCAGACGAGAACAGAUAAACUCGGUCUGGCGCAGGAGUUGGAGCGUUUGCGCGACGAGCUGCAAAGAGCUGAAAUACAGACCCCAGAGAAAAUACAACACACUGUUAGCGACCUGCGGGAGCAGCUAGAUUUGGCGCACAAAGCCAACGGCGAACUAGAAGCCAAGCACGAAUCAGAAAUCACCAACUAUAAGAUCAAGCUGGAGAUGCUAGAGCGGGAGAAAGACGCGGUGCUGGACCGCAUGGCCGAGUCGCUGGAGUCCGAGCUGGAUCACUUGAGAACGCAGCUCUUGUUCAGCCACGAGGAGGAGCUCUCACGACUCCGAGACGACCUCACACGCGAAAACCAGCUCAACGUGGAGAACCUGCGCUACGAGAUGGGCACGAGACACCGCGAGGCUUUCGACAAGCUGCACUCGGUGGAGAGCGAGAGAGCGGCGUUAGCUUCAGAGAGACUCGUGCUGCUCGAGGACAUCGCCCGCCUUUCCUCGGACAACGAAGAAAUGUGUUCGCGACUGAAGGAGCUGCAGGACGAGAUCGAGAAGCAGAGAAACACCUUCUCCUUCGCUGAGAAGAACUUCGAGGUGAACUACCAGGAGCUGAAGGACGAGUACACGUGCCUUGUGAACGCUAAGCUACAGCUCGAGCAGCGCUUGGAGGUCAGAGGUCACGAGGAGGUGGACGGGAAGACGCUGAUGGAGAAACGCACCACAGAGCUGAUGGAGAAGCUGGAGACGGCUGAGAAGGAGAAGAAGAGCUUGACCGAGUGUCUCUCGCUGAUGGAAGCAGAGCUGGAGACGCUGAAGAGAGGCAGAGAUGAAGAGCUGGGGUCUGAAACACAUGUCCAGGAGACAGCAGCAGCACACAUGAGGAGCGAGAGAGAGACGGCACACACAGCAGCGCAGGAGGAACAGGUGUGUGUGAUCCGCAGGUGGAUGGGAGAAGCUGUUAGAGUCUCGCUCAUGAUGCAGCCGCAGGAAAUGGACGGCUGUGUGUGUGAUGAGUGUCGUCUGCAGCUGGAGGCUCAGCGCAUCAGUCUGUCUCAGAUCCACAUCGCUCAGCUCGAGCUGCUCAGAGAGAGUCUGUCUGAGCAGACACCGGAGGAGAUGAGGAGAGACGACGGUCAUCCCGCAGAGAUUGCGUUCAGUAAUUUAGCUGCUCAUUCACAUGUUUGCAGUUCAUGUGUUCCUCCUGUUCCUGCAGAGCUCAAGGCAGAGUCUGAUGAGUGCUCUGAGCGGCUGAAGAGCUACUAUCAGCAGCAGAUGGAGGAGACGCAGGAGCGCUUCACAGCCGAGAUCCUCCUGCUGCAGAGCAGACUCCAGGAGCUCACAGGAGCCGGAGACGUCUUCAGCAUGCCGAGCGUCUGUCCGCCGCAGACGAGAGACGAGCAGCAUGAACCUCUUCAGGAGGAGAGACUGCGAGGAGUGUGUCGUCUGGAGGAGCCUGAGCUCAGACGGCUGGAAGAGGAGAUCUCCAAGGUGAUCGUGCAGAUGUCGGUCGAGUUCGCCCAGCAGACUGAAGAGACUCGGAUCAGCAGACAGAGCCGAGAGACGAGCGCUGGGACACAGACGGAGAACAGAGAGGAAGAGGAGGACCCACUGAUGAAGCCCUUCAUCACUGAACACAGACCACAGGAGGAGGAGGAGGAGGAGGCUCUCAGAGCGUCACACACACUUCAGCUGGAGCAGAACACACUCCUGACGGCUCAGAUACACACUCUCACCCAGCAGCUCCUGCAGACGGAGCUGGAGCUGCAGCAGACCAAGAGACAGAGAGAUGAACACCUGCUUCCCAGCAUGCAAAGCUGCAGCACACAGACUGAGCAGACGCGAGAGGAGGAGGAGGAGGAGGUCAGAGGUCAGGGAAGAUCUGUGACACUGGAGCCUGAGCUCUCGUCUGAUGAGGUCAUCACAGAGAGGGAUGCUCUGCGUCUGGUGAACACUCGUCUGCGUCAGGCUCUGCUCGAGGUGCUGAAGACCACCGCUGCGGUGGAGGAGACCAUCGGCCGUCAUGUGCAGAGGAUCCUGGAGGCGUCCAGCGAGGCUCAGGACACAGACGUGUCCUCUGAGGGUUUCCUCAGCAGAGAGACUGAGAGAGACGAAGGGCUGGAGCUGUGGCUGAAGAUCCAGGGGGCGGAGCUACAGCUGCAGGGGGCGGAGCUCCCUCCGGAGGGGGAGGAGUUUCUGAUGAGCAUCAGCACACGACUGCAGAGCGCUGUGGAGAAGCUGCUCAUCACCAUCACUGAGACCAGCACUCAGCUGGAGCAUGCGCGGAUCACACAGACGGAGCUGAUGAGGGAGAAGUUCAGACACAGUGAGGAGAUGGAGGAGCUGCAGCACAGACAGGAGGAGCUCCAGGAGCGACUGAGUGAGGAGGAGAGAGCUCGAGAACAACUGGCACUGGAGCUACACACAGCUGAAGGAGUGAUUGACGGCUACAGCGGCGAGCGUCUGGCGAUGGAGCAGCAGAUCCGCGAGCGAUCCGAGCUACAGCUGCAUCUGGAGCAGGAGCUCUGUGUUACCGCUAGCCGUCUGCGUGAACUGGAGCAGGAGCGCAUGCAGAUUCACCACGAGCACGAGCUACUGUCACGCCAGCAGGACGCCAUGAGAGAGGGGGCGGGGCCUCGAGAGCUGCGACUAGUUGAGGCUGCUCUUGACGCAGCACCUGAAGCAGACCUGCUGGAGGAGACGGAGAAGCUGAUGGCGGAAAAGGUGGAGGUGGAGCGUCAGGCGCAGAAGGAGAGCGGCGAACUGCUGCAGCAGGUAAAGCAUCUGGAGGCGGAGCUGGAGGAGCAGGUGAGCCGGCUGCAGGAGCUGCAGGAGACACACAGCACAGAGACGACCGACCUGAGGCAGCAGAUACAGGCCUUAGAGAAACAGCUGGAGAAGAACCGCAAGUUCAUGGACGAGCAGGCGGCGGACAGGGAACACGAGCGAGACGUCUUUCAGCAGGAGAUUCACAACCUGGAGCAGCAACUGAAGAAUCCCACCAAAACACAGACAGGAAGUAACCGACGGGACAGAGAGGUGCAGGAGCUGAUCGCGGCGCUGCAGGAGAAGGCAGACUGGUGCAGUGAGCUGCUGUUGAGCUCGGAGCAGCUGCAGAGAGAUGUGUGUGAGAGAGACGAGGAGAUCGAGACGCUGGGAGCACGUCUGAGGGAGCUGGAACACACUCUCAUGCACAGGGUGGAGGAGGUCCAGCAUGUGUCUAUGGCGAGCAGAGCAGACGUCACACUGGAAGCACAGCUGCAGACAGAGAGAGAGGCUCUAGACAGGAAGGAGAAAGAGCUGGUGAAUCUGGAGGAGCAGCUGGAGCAGUUUCGUGAGGAGCUGGAGAACAAGAGCGAGGAGGUGAAUCAGCUUCACAUGCAGCUGGAGAUCCAGAGGAAGGAGAUCAGCGUCCAUCAGCAGGAUCAGGCCCGGCUCGCUCAGGUCUUGGAGGAGAAGGACAGGCAGAUAGCCGUCCUAAACGAUCAGCUCAUUAAGAGUCAGCACACGGGAACAGACCCUGAGAAAGAGGCGGUGGAGGAGAAGGACGAGCUUCUGCGGGAGAUGGAGGCGCAGGUGGAGUGUUUGAGGAGCGAGCAGGAGCGUCUGAAGAGGGACAGCGAGGAGGAGGUUGAGCAGCUCAACGCCGUCAUCGAGAAGCUCCAGCAGGAGCUGACGCACAUCGAGCUCAAGCAGCGUCAGGACGAGAGCGAGGAGAUGAAGCAGAGGAUGGAGGAGUCUCUACGAGAGAAGACCGCUGCGCUCGUGGUGCUGCAGGCCCAGGUGCAGGCGCUGGAGGAGAGCACAGGGUCACAGGUCACCAGCUUGAGUCAGCGGGUGGAGGAGCUGGAGACCAGCCUGGAGGAGAAGGACUCAGAGCUGCGCUCAUGCAGGUUGAAGGUGGAACAAGCGCAAACGGACGCCGACGCUCUGUACGCUAAAGUGACUCAGCUGGAGGAGAAACUCAGGGAGAAGGUGGCCGCUGUUCAGUCAGUCAGUCAAGCACAACUGGAAGCCAUCCAGACGCAAACCAAAGAGCUCCGCGCCGAGGCCCACGCAGGAGAAGCCAUGGGCCCCAGCACGCAGCAGCCGUCAGAGGGCCUCACGGCGCAGGACGGAGCCUCCACAGGGAAGACGAGUCUGCUGACGGAGAAGCUGAAGGAGCUGGAGGAGGGUCUGAGCAGCAUGCAGAAGGACCAGGAGCUGCAGAAACAGCUGUUGAGCAGCUCUGAGGAAGGGGUGAUGGAGUACGAGAGGAGGUUAGCUGUGAUGAUCGACCUACUGAACCACAUGAGAACCAGACCUUCCCAUCACAGACUGGUGUCAGGUGAGGCCAGUCAGUCGCUGUCAGAGCAGCUGCAGGAGGUCAAAGGUCAAGCUGCGUCCACUAAAGAGGAGCUGAGCUGCUACAGAGAACUGAGCCACAAGCUUCAGGAGGAGAUCGAGGUCUCAGCGAGCACGCGUGAUGAAGACGCUGCUCAGCUGCUCCAGGAGCUGCAGGAGGUCAGAGGUCAAGCGAGCAGCAGACUGCAGGAGCUGGAGAGCAGCAGGGAUCAGAGCGUCAGACUGCAGGAGCUGCUGCAGGAGCGAGAGAUGAGCAUCGCUCUGCUGAAGGAUCAGCUGCACAGGGCCUCACAGGAGGGCGAUCAGUCCAUGGCCGAGCUGCUGCAGGAGCUGCAGGAGGUCAAAGGUCAAGCGGCCGCCACCAAAGAGCAGCUGAGGAGCUUCCAGGAGCGCAGCCUCAAACUGCAGGAGGAGAUCGAGGUCAGAGACGCGUCCAUCGCUGAGCUGAAGGACACAGUUCAUGAGCUCCAGACGGCUUUGGCCAAGUCCAGCGAGGAGCCGACCCAGCCCAGACAGAAAGGAGACGCCCGAGAGCAUCCUGGGAUGGAGAGAAGCACAAGGAAAGAGCAGCAGGAGAUGAUGCUGGGAUAUGAGGAGAAGAUCGCACAGAUGCAGGAGCUGCACGCGGCUGAGAUCCUGGACAUGGAGUCCAGACACAUCUCUGAGAGCGAGAGUCUGCGGAGAGAGAGCCAGCGUCUGGAGGACGAGUGUGGAGCGCUGAGAGAUGCCAUCCACACCCUGCAGAGGUCACAGGCUCCAUCAGUGAGGUGUGAACGUCCGAUUAAAGAUGGAUACACCAGCGACAGCGGUUCAGACUGGAGUCAGCGAGCAGGUUAUGAUCCGCACCGCAGCACACCUGAAGGAGCGCGCCGAGACACGGACACAGAGCUUCUGCCCGACACCAUCAAGAGUCUGCUGCGUGAGGUGCAUCAGGAGGGCAUGCAGGUGCUGUCUCUGACCGAGCUCCCGCUGACCGAAGCUGAUCCACCUCCUCAGAGCAGAGAGAGAGAAAACACCGCCCUCAUCAACACCAUCCAGUCUCUACAGCUCCUCAUCAGCACACUGCAGACACACACACAGGUGGAUGUGGACUGGAGAGCAGAGCUGCUUUCAGCCGUCCAGCAGGUGUUUGUUCAGGAGCGAGACGUGCUGAAGAACCUGUUGUACUCUCAUCUGGAGCGACUGGACACGGCUGACGCAGUCAUUCAUCUCACCCAGCUGGAGCGAGCGCUAGCGGAGCAGGACGCGAGGCACAGGGGGCUGAUGGGAGCGCUGAGCGCCGCGGACAGAAACAGCCUGCGCUCAGAGAUCCAGCAGCUCAGAGAUCAGCUGCACACACUCACAGCAGAGCAAACACAGCGCCACCAUCAGGACAGAGCCGGAACCGAGAGCGAGAGGUUGCUUGAAACGAUGCGGGUCGAAUCCGGCUCUGAUGGACUGGAGGAGAUGAAGACUGAACUCAACCGCACUAAACUAGAGCUAGAGAGCGCUCUACAAUCACAACACAAACACCUGAAGGAGCUGCACACACUCCGGGCGGAGGUCUCCCUGAAGGCCGCUGAGGUGGACACACUGAAUGAAAGACUGACUCUCGAGCAGAAGAGAGUCAGAGAGCUGCAGUGGGCCUUCGAGAAGGAGAAACACAAGUCUGACAGGAAGAAGGAGACCGAGAGAGAGGAAGUGGAGGAUCUGAAGCUGUCUGUGGAGGAGCUGUCGAGGGCUCUGGAGAAAGAGAGACAGGUUUCAGCUCGACUCCGAGAGCAGGAGCUCAGAGGUGCUCUGGAGCAACAGAAGGAGAUGAACACACAGACGAGCUCCACCUCAAACCCUCACGAGUCACAGAUGAUGGAGGAGCUGGAGAGACACAAGCUGGAGGCGCUGCAGUGCAAACGACAGUGGGACGAGGAGAAAUCCACCCUCAUCCAGGACCAGAAUGCACUGCGGGCGACAUGCGACGGCCUGAAGAGACGGGCGAGCGAGCUGCAGACAGAGCUGGAGAGAGAGAGAGACAGACUCCUGGAGAACCACAGAUCAGAGGAUCGAACCCGCGACUGGGUGUUGCAGACGGGAGAGUCUCUGUGUGAGGGUCAGAGGUCAGACCCCAGCAUCCUCAGCAGACUGCAGCUCAUCGCCGAGAAGAUCCACAGCCUGGCCAGAGAAAGCCCAGACAGGUUAUCUGGGGGAGCGCCGGACCGGGACAGUCUAGCAUGGCUGCACAGUAAUGUACAGGAAGUGAUGUCACUGUUACAGCGUAUCCCAUCAGCUCCCUCUGCUAUCCCCGAGAGCGCCGCUCUGCUGGCAGGAGGAUCGUCCAGUCUGCUGAACGAGCGUUUGCUCAGACAGAACGCAGAGCUCACAGGAUUUGUCAGCAGACUGACGGAAGAGAAGAAUGACCUGCGAAACCAGUUACUGAAGCUGGAGGAGGAGCUGCGCAGAUACAGAGCGAAGAAAACCACCGCCGAGAGCAGCUGGAUGGGUGCUGGUGCGGAGCGUCAGGAGCUGCUGGUGUUCUCUAGCGAGCGAGACUCGUGGACUCAGGAGAGGAAUCGUUUGGAGAAGUGUCUCCGUCAGGCCGAGGCCGAGCUGAGCCGUCUGAGAGCAGAGAAUCGCUCCGAAACACUGCGGGAUCUGACCGGAGCCGAUCUGGACACCACGGCCCUCAGGAGGAUGUAUGGGAAGUACCUGCGCUCCGAGGGCUUCCGGAAGGCCCUGAUCUAUCAGAAGAAGUAUCUCCUGCUGCUGCUGGGAGGAUUCCAGGAGUGUGAGCAGGCCACGCUGUCUCUGAUCGCCCGCAUGGGCGGCUUCCCUUCACACACCUGUCUGGAGUCUGUGAGCCGUCAGAGCAGGGGCUUCACACGCUUCAGAUCAGCCGUACGCGUCUGCAUCGCCCUCUCCAGGAUGAGGUUUCUGGUGAAGCGCUGGCAGAGAGCAUCUCAGAUCACCAGCAGAAACUGUCUCGCUCAGAUCACUGAUGUGAGGAGCGAGUCGUCGUAUCUUCAGACCGGCGCUCUGGAGGUGUUCAGAGAGAGACGAGCGUCCAGCCGAGGACGCACAGGACGAGACUCGAUCCAGCACAGGCUUCACUCGGUGGCCGGUGACGGAGGUUUGCUGUGUUCACACCUGCAGAACUACGACCCUGACCGCGCUCUGACCGACUACAUCUCUCGUCUGGAGGCUCUGCACAGACGUCUGGGGAGUGUGACCACAGGUUCCUCUUCGUACGCUCAGACGUUUGGAGUCAGACGAUGAAGCUCUUGAUUCACUUGCCUUCUCUUACAAACCUGUACUGCUCUGUGGGACCAAACCCAGGCGUGAGUGUGUGAGUGUGUGUGUGUGUGUGCACUAGUUCUCCUUCAUCUGUUGCUCAAGGACAGCGAUAAUGUUCCUGUGUGUGUGUGGAAUAUUAGUUUCCUGCUCAGAAACACUAAUGAAGCGUCCUCGUCA